CCUCUCUGUCCACAGUCCACAGUCCACAGUCCACCCAUUCUUUUUUCCCUUUCACUCUCAAAUUCUGCGAGAGAGAGAGCUCAAAGGCAUGUCAGUUCUAUUAUUUAUUUCCCAUAUUACCCCUUUCACAUUCGUUUAUUUCCUCCUCCUAUCCUCCUCCUCCACCGCCGUCACUGAUCUUAAUAUAACAUCCAUUCUCUCAUCUUUCCAAAACUUUACCUCAUUCGCCUCCCUCCUCAGUUCUACUUCUGUCGACUCCGACCUCAAGCGUCGGCAAGGCCCCAUCACUCUACUCGCCGUCCCAAACCCCUAUCUCUCCACUCCUCCUUCCUCCGAUCUCACUCGCCGCCUCCCGCUGUCCUCACUGGGUGACAUACUCCGCUACCACAUCCUCCUACAAUACUUCUCCUGGACCAACCUCCUCCAGAUCCCGCCCUCCGGCGUCCUCAUAACGACCCUCCUCCAAACAACAGGCCGGGCCCCUGCUAACUUCGGCGCCGUCAACAUCACGCGCACCCCAUUAACCAACGCCAUUACAAUCCAAUCACCCGCCCCUUACACCGCUUCAAACGCCACCGUUUUGUCCCUAAUCAAAACUCUGCCUUACAAUAUCACGAUCCUCGCCGUUAAUUCCCUCCUCGUCCCGUAUGACAUCAACUUAAUGGCUUCCGAAACCCGCCCUCCCCUCGGCCUCAACAUUACCAAAGCCUUGAUCGACGGCCACAAUUUCAACGUCGCCUCCGCAAUGUUAUCCGCUUCGGGAGUGGUCGAUGAAUUCGAAGCCGAUGAAGGUGGUGCUGGGAUAAGUUUCUUCGUUCCCACAGAUGGUGCUUUCGGCGAUCUGCCGGGAAACGUGAGAUUGCAGUCGCUUCCGGCUGAUAAGAAAUCGGUGGUUCUAAAAUUCCACGUGCUUCAUUCUUAUUAUCCUUUGGGUUCUCUGGAGUCGAUCGUGAACCCGGUUCAACCCACACUAGCGACUGAGGAUAGCGGCGCGGGUAGCUUCACUCUCAAUAUUUCGAGAUUCAACGGAUCCGUUUUGAUCGAUACGGGAAUCGUUCAAGCAUCGGUUACCCAAACGGUUUUUGACCAAAAUCCCGUUGCCAUUUUCGGUGUUUCCAAGGUAUUGUUGCCCAGAGAGAUUUUUGGGAAAGAUCCGCCGGGGAUAAUUCCGAAGCCAGGGCAUUCAGUGGUAGGGACAGCUGUUCAUCCGCCGGAAUUAUCCCCGUCACCGGAGAUAUCAGCUUGGUUAAGUAAUCCAGCAUCAUCGCCGGUGGGGUUUCACGAGGAGAUCAAAUCUGACGGUCAGAUACUCCGAUCGCAAAGCAGUAGUGUUGCUGUAUAUUGUAUAGUAUUGUAUCUAAUGUGAGUUGAAUUAUUGGCUGCAGGAGAAGCGAUUUUCUUGUUUAUUUCCUGGAAUUUUAGAGACAAUGUUGCUAAAUUGUUCUGUGUAUGUCGUAAUAAUAAUUUGUAUUAAAAAU